AAUUAAUGAAAAAAAAUAAUAAGAAAAAAUCGGAUCCCAAAGUCAAAGUAAACCCUUGUUCAAAUGAUCGUUAUUAUAUGGAUUAAUCUAUUGAUGAAGAAGUCUACAUUAAAAACAACUAUAAAGUCGUCAGAGAGUUGGGUAGAGGAGGUUACGGAGUUGUUUAUAAAGCGUAAAUAAAUAAUUCUAACUAUUUAGAGUUGGAUUGAAUCAAGGCCAAAUCGACAAAAACAAAAAAUAUGCCAUUAAGGUAAAUUUUUCUACUGUGUCUCCAGAGCUAAUAUUUGCCGAAAUCGGAUUUUUGAAAUUAAUUUAUGGGAAAGAAAAUAUGCCCCAAUUGGUUAAUCUGUUUCUUAUUGAUCAAAAAAUAUAUAUCGUUAUAGAGUACUUUACAUACAAACCAUUCAUUGUAUCAAUCCUACUAUAAAAUAGACCUUCUUUGCUACUUUUGAUAUGAUGGAAAUUAGACGAUACUUAUAUGAAUUACUUAAAGCUUUAAAUGUGUUGAAACAGAAUGGAAUUUACCAUCGUGAUGUUAAACCUGGUAACUUCCUCUACAAUCCAAAGACAGGCAAAGGAAUCCUUAUCGAUUACGGCCUAAGUGAAAUUGAUAGAUCCUUCGUAGCCAAAUUGAUUGAAAAGGAGAAAGAAUUGUCAAAGAAGGUAUCAUUACCUUAUUAAUUUCAAGCAUCCUUAAUCUGAUGAAGUUUAGGAAAUCAGAAGAAAAAUUAAUUUGUAUAACGAAAUCUAAAAAACUAUAGAUUAAAUAGGAAAUAAUAAAAUAGGAACAGAGAGCUUUAUGCCUUUAGAGAGCAUAUUGCAUUACCAUGUAUUUAUAGAUAAAUAACCAUUGAAGGACCAAUCAUAUGAAGUGGAUAUGUGGGCUGUAGGAGUGAUAUUCCUACAAUUUUUGACUAAAAAGUACAAUUUAUUCAGUAAUGUCCGAAUGAUCAACAAACCAGUUGUGAAUAAAAACUUUUUUUAUGUCAAUUUUAUACUAGAACUGGCUAGCUUGUUUGGUUCAGAAUAAGUGAAAUAAAUAUGUGAACAAUUUGGUAUAUUAUUUAAUCAUUAUAUCAAUAGAAUAUGAUCUAAAAUUGCCUUCAGUUGUUGCAACCAAACCUGUUUAAUGGAAAUCUAUAAUACACAUUGAUGGAUUUGAUAGCGAUGCUGAAGAUUUGCUCUCAAGAUUGCUUUGUUUGAAUCCAAAAUAGAGAAUCAAAGUUGAAGAUGGAUUGAAACAUCCCUUUUUUAAGCCUUUAUUAGAAUAAGAAAAAUUUACUUAAACAAACUUUUAGGAUGAUCAAGAAAUAAAACAAUAAAAACUUUAAGAAAAUUGAAUUUAUGUGAUAUUUUAUAUACAAAGAGC